GUUAAACCAGGAAACGUUUCAGUUCAGAGAAAUCGAAACUAAUGUGUCGUGGAUGUCUCUCUGCCUGUGAGUGUGAAAUAAAAUGGCAGAAUCCAGUAUUUCAGUGGCUCAGGAUCAGUUCAGCUGUUCAAUCUGUCUGGAUCUACUGAAGGAUCCAGUGACCAUUCCCUGUGGACACAGUUACUGUAUGAGCUGUAUUACAGGCUGCUGGGAUCAGGAUGAUCAGAAGGGAGUCUACAGCUGUCCUCAGUGCAGACAGACCUUCACUCCAAGACCUGUUUUAGGUAAAAACACCAUGCUGGCUGAAGUGGUGGAGAAACUCAAGAAGACAAAACUACAAGCUGCUCGUCCUGUUCAAUGUUACACUGAAUCUGGAGAUGUGGAGUGUGACGUCUGUACUGGGGACAAAAACAAAGCCAUCAAGUCCUGUCUGGUGUGUCUGUACUCUUACUGUCGCACUCAUUUUGAACGUCACGAGGAAUUUAACCCAGGAAAGCGACAUAAAGUCAUGGACGCCACUAGAAGACUUCAGGAGAUGAUCUGCCCUCAACAUGAGAAACUGAUGGAGAUUUACUGUCGUACUGAUCAGAACUGUAUAUGUUAUCUGUGUACAAUGGAUGAACACAAAAACCACGACACUGUAUCAGCUGCAGCAGAGAGAACUGAGAAACAGAGACAGUUGGAGGAAACCCAGAGAAAAUAUCAGAAGAUAAUCAAGGAGAGACAGAAGGAGAUUGAGGAUCUGAGAGAGGCUGUGGAGUCUCACAAGCGCUCUGCACAGGCAGCAGUGGAGGACAGUGAGAGGAUCUUUACUGAGCUGAUCCACUCCAUUGAGAGAAGCCGCUCUGAGGUGACACAGCUGAUCAGAGAUCAGGAAAAGGCUGCAGUGAGUCGAGCUGAAGAAAUACUGGAGCAACUGGAGCAGGAGAUUGAUGAUCUGAGGAGGAGAGACGCUAAGCUGGAGCAGCUUUCACACACAGACCAUCACAUCCAUUUCCUCCAGAGUUUCCAGUCUCUCUCUGUUCCUCCUGGAUCUACAGACUCAUCCAGCAUCACUGUCAGUUCUCAUCUCUCUUUUGAUGAUGUUGGUAAAUGUGUGUCUCAACUGAGAGAGAAACUGGAACAUUUUUGCAGAGAGGAGAUAGAAAAGAUAUCUGGCAGAGUGAGAAACAUUAACAUCAUUCCCAUCCCUGAACCCAAGACCCAUGAGGAGUUCAUCCAGUAUUCCCGUCGACUCACUUUGGAUCCAAACACAGCGAAUAAAAACCUGGUACUGUCUGAAGGGAACAGAGUGAUUAAAUACACUUACAAAGACCAGCUGUAUCCUGAUCAUCCAGUCAGAUUUACUCAUUUGUCUCAGGUGUUGUGUAGAGAGAGUGUGUGUGGACGCUGUUACUGGGAGGUUGAGUGGAGUGGUGAGGUGAGUAUUUCAGUGUCAUAUAAGAGCAUCAGCAGGAAGGGACGGGGAAAGGAGCCUAAAUUUGGGUGUAAUAAUCAUUCCUGGAAUUUGACCUGUUCUGACUCCAGUUGUUCAUUCUGGCACAAUAACAAACAGACUAAACUCCCUGUAGUCUCCAGCUCCUGUAGAAUAGGAGUGUAUGUGGAUCACAGUGCAGGAACUCUGUCCUUCUACAGCGUCUCUGACACAAUGACCCUCAUUCACAGAGUCCACACCACAUUCACUCAGCCUCUCAUUCCUGGGUUUUGGCUUAAUUUAAUUUAUACGGAAAAAUUGGGGUUGUUUUGUUCAAAAGUGACAUUCUGUGAUCUAACAAUAUAGAUGGUAUAGAUACAAUACUGUGAAAAAUAUUCUCAAAAUAUAUUGUCAUGUUUUUGACAUUUUUACUCUAAAUAUUAACACAAUUGUAAUCAGUAGCAUUAAGUGAUUUUAUCCGUAAAUUGCAAUGAUGCCUAUUUGUUAUGUCUGACAUUAUUUCUUUUUAAAAGACAAAGUUUUCUUUACCUCACAGAAAUACAUUUUUAGUGCUGACAGUGUAUUCACAUUCAACAAAUGACUGAAAUUUAAAUAGAAAACAUCCAUCUGUAAUUUUCAGUAACAGUGUAGAUUAUACAAAUAAUCUGCUCUUUGUCAUGCCUACUUGUUUUUUUUUUUUAAGAACAUGUGAAAUGAUAAAAAUUUUAUAUAAAUUUAUAUAGACAAAAGUUUUUCUAUGUAUAUGCUUUACCCUGAUGGUAACAAACUAUGUAGUUUUUAUUGUUAUUUCUUUAAAAUGCAAAUUGUUAUAAAGUUAAACAUUGUUAUAUUUAAUUUUUUCAAGUGAAAAUGUUUGAAUUUUGCAAUUUUUGAAACGUUUCAGAAUAAAACAAUAAAAUUCA